AUCCUGCUGGUACCACCGUCCCUCCAGGCGAGGCUUCAGGAAAAAACAUACCGACUUGCUUGAACCGCCCUCUGUCAACUCGACAAGCUCAAGCCAACCGCUUUACGACGGCUCCUAAUCGUAAUUGUCUGCCUCCAAUACCACGCCAGACUUUGCAUCCGACAAACAGUUCUCCAUGAACAUGCCAAAGCACACUCGCUCCUCCAGCCAGGCCCAUAGCAGAUAUACAAACUCGAUGCCUGUCUCCCUGGCCCCCACAGCGCCGCUGCCCAUCUACAACAACUCCCGUGUGACGAUGCCCAUGAGUACGGCCGCCUACUAUCCCACCAUGUCCUCAACGACGGCCACGCAGCCGUCUUUGACGACCGAAGACUACGACUCAUACUCGGCCGCUCUGCCCGUCUCUCAGCCUCCCAUGCCCCACCGGGCCUCCUCGGGUGCCUGGACACCGCUCGACGACCAGAACCUUCUUGGUGCUCGGCAGCAGGGCCUCAACUGGUCCCAGAUCCACAUCAACUACUUCCCCAACAAGUCGCCCAAUGCCUGCCGCAAGCGCCACGAGCGUCUGAUGGAGCGCAAAGGCGCCGACGACUGGGAUCAGCGACGGCUGGAGCAGCUUGCCAAAGAGUACAUGAGCAUGCGCAAGGAGAUCUGGCAGGGUCUUGCAGCCAAGACUGGAGAGCGAUGGAAUGUUGUCGAGCAAAUGUGCAUGACCAACGGACUCAAGAACCUCCAGUCAGCCUCGCGCUCGGCGUCCCGCCGCGAGCGGCUAGAAUCAGGCCAGUCCGGCAUCCAUGGGUAUGACGACGACGACAGCGGCAUUUCGGGCAUUGGUCUGACUCCCAUAGAUGACCUGGACCUGUCCUACAGCAGUCCCGCCGCGAGCUCCCACUCGAGCGGCAGCCACCACGGCGGAAGCACCACCAGCAGCAGCGCCUCGAGCCUCGGCGGCCACCACCACCACCAGCACCCCCAACACGCAAACUCGUACGGCAUUUCCCUGCACCAGUCGCACAUGCCCAUGCACGCCUACCCGCAUCACGCCUACACGGGAAGCGCAGGCGGCGGCGCCGCCAUGUCGUCCAGCUACAGCUCGACGCACUCGUCCAACCCGGCCAUCACGUAUUCCACACAUGACAAUGGCGCAACUUACAUGGCGACCGGCGGCGGCGGCAGCAGCAGGCAGCAGCGCCUUUCCAGUGCCGACAUGGGCAUCGAGUCCAUCAUCAACAGGCCAGGGCAUCAUCGUAUGCAUCACGGGGGUAGCGGCAUGUGAUUCAACUCUUUCUCUUUUGUUAUGAAGGUGGCAAGAGCCUCACAUUCUUUUUCAUUUCCCACGGCUUUAUUUUUAUUUUUCUCGAUUGUGGUUGGGAGCCAACCGCUGUUCUUUCUUCCACUCGUGGCUGUUAGCUAGCUUUUGUUCUUUGUGGCAUUUACACGGGCGUUUGGGGUUUUAUAUAAUGAAUGACUACAUGGAUUUCCU